CUAGUGUGGGCGGGAGCGCAUUCUACGCGCGGCUUGCCAUUGGACGGAGCGAAUGUCAAUCAAAAUCCCAGUCUCAAAAUAACGGAGAAGGAAGCGACGUUUCUAGUGCUGCUUUAUUAACAAAUCUUGGAAAGUGGCCGACGAAAUAAACGCCAGUAAUUUCCGCAAGCUGCCAAGAUGAUCCACAGUCUUUUCCUGGUUAACGCAUCUGGUGAUAUCUUCUUGGAGAAGCACUGGAAGUCUGUGGUCAGCCGGUCCGUGUGCGACUACUUUUUCGAGGCUCUCGAACGCGUCACGGAACCGGAGAACGUGCCUCCGGUGAUCCCUACCCCGCAUCAUUACCUCAUCAACGUGCUCCGCCAUCGCAUCUACUUCGUAGCUGUCAUACAGAGCGAGGUGCCACCUCUGUUUGUUAUCGAGUUUCUGCAUCGUGUGGUGGACACAUUUCAGGACUAUUUUGGGGUUUGCACAGAGGCAGCAAUCAAAGACAAUGUUGUCGUGGUCUAUGAGUUGUUGGAGGAGAUGUUGGACAACGGCUUUCCUCUGGCCACUGAAUCAAACAUUUUGAAAGAACUCAUCAAACCUCCUACCAUCCUGCGUACAGUGGUGAACACAAUCACAGGAAGUACUAAUGUUGGUGAGCAGCUUCCUACAGGACAGCUGUCGGUGGUACCAUGGCGGCGGACAGGUGUCAAAUAUACCAACAAUGAAGCUUAUUUUGAUGUGGUUGAAGAGAUCGAUGCUAUCAUUGACAAAUCAGGUUCAACUAUCACAGCUGAGAUACAGGGUGUAAUAGAUGCCUGUGUAAAGCUUACAGGAAUGCCUGAUCUCACCUUGUCAUUUAUGAAUCCUCGACUGCUCGAUGAUGUGAGCUUUCAUCCUUGCGUGCGGUUUAAACGUUGGGAGGCCGAGAGAAUUCUCUCCUUCAUUCCCCCCGAUGGAAACUUCCGCCUUCUCUCCUACCACGUCAGCUCUCAGAACUUGGUGGCCAUCCCCGUGUAUGUGAAGCAUAACAUCAGCUUUAGAGAGGGCAGUUCUCAGGGACGUUUCGAACUCACACUCGGCCCGAAGCAGACGAUGGGUAAAGCUGUUGAAUCUGUGCUGGUGAGCAGUCAGCUUCCUCGCGGCGUCCUUAACGCCAACCUCAACCCCUCACAGGGCACGUACACUUUCGAUCCUGUCACCAAGCUUUUGUCGUGGGACGUGGGUAAGAUAAACCCUCAGAAACUGCCUAGUCUAAAGGGUUCGGUGAGCCUCCAGACGGGAGCGUCCAAACCGGAUGAAAACCCUACGAUCAACAUCCAGUUCAAGAUUCAGCAGUUGGCCAUCUCAGGUCUGAAGGUAAAUAGGUUGGACAUGUAUGGCGAGAAGUACAAACCUUUCAAAGGCAUCAAAUACAUGACCAAAGCUGGCAAAUUCCAGGUCCGGACCUAAACCACCUCUUUCUGCAUUCAUUCCGUUCAUAAUAAAUCUGGGUUACAGCAAAGAUAGAUAGUAGAUGUAUACAUUUUUAGGAAUUAUUUUGCCAUUGUUGGAAGGAAUGACUCUACAGGCAGUGUUGUUAUUGUUAACACUAUCAAAUCCACCCAGGUUGAAGCGAUGGCAUUUACAUUUCAGACAAAACUAUUACAGUUAACCAUCCAACUUUAACAUUUUGUGUCCAAGCCAUUUGCAGCCUCUUUAGAUUGGUGUUGUUUGAGAUGGACAAUAUCUUUCAAUUCUUUUUCAAUAUUUUACUAUGUUCUUACCUCAACUUGGAUGAAUUAAUACAUACCUAGCUUUUUUCAAUGCAUGUACUUUUAAUCUUUGUACAACGCUUCUUGAAUGUGUUAGCAUUUAGCCUAGCCCCAUUCAUUCUUAUGGCUCCAAACAAAAGUUUUAUUUUGUGCCACCAUAUUUACUUGUGUAACUACUCAUGUAAGUCUUGAAAUAGGGAAAACAUGGAAGUGUUUGGUGGCUUCUAAAUUCCUCCCUGUUUGGAUCCUAAGGAAUGAAUGGGGCUAGUCUAAAUGCUAACACAUGUACAACACGCUGUACAAAGAUUAAAAGUGCACGCAUUGAAAAAAGAUAGGUAUGUAUUAAUUUGUCUACGUUGAGGUAAGAACAUAGUAAAAUAUUGAAAAACUGUGAUGUUUUCCUUUAAUUGUCCAUCAUCUAAAGGCCCUGAAAUGGCAGCUCUCAUGCCUUUUUCCUUUUUAUUGUCAGUUUUUACCUCUGUUCCUUUCUUUUUUUAUUGUCUUUCCAUUCUCAAUGUUCUUAGUCUUAAUGAGAUUCACUGUUCUGCUGUGUAUUGAUCUCUAUUCUCCUCCACUGCAAAUUGAUGCUAUGGGUGACUAAUUUCUGCAUUGCAGAACAAUAAUCUAAUACUCCUAUUGCAGACCGAUUCUGUUCUCCAUCCUUAAAGAUCACGUGCAGCGUAACAGUUAUUGUUUAACAUUAAACAUUUUAUUUAUUUGCUGACUUAAGUUCUUUUGCAGUAUCAGUCUCGAGUCUUUGCAUCAGGACCAUCUAGACUCUUGUUUGAAUGUUGAGGUAUAUAAGUGUUUUAUUACGAUUUUUUGCAAAACUGACCAUUACCAACAUAUUUAAAGUAUAACUGAAUCCAAAUGAUGCUUGAAUCCCCAGUGUUCAUUGUUUCACCCAAAAUGCAAGAUUAUAAUUGUGAAAUGAAAACCGCAGAUUGAAUGACACAUGCCGUCCUGUCAUUCAAAAGUGCAAAACUACUUUAAGGAUGAAAAUCGUGUUUUACAGUUAGUUUAUUUACAGAUGCUGACAGAUGCAACUUCUAGUGAGCAAGAUGUGAAUUUUAUCUUCUGUUAAUGUUUUGUGUGUGUUUUUCUCUGUAGUGUUUUCCAGGAAAAACUGUUUACAGUGCUAUGAAAUAAUAAAUCAAAAAUAGCUUAAA